AUGGAGUUUGCUGCUGGAGCCAUCGGAGGCGUCUGCGGUGUUGCUGUGGGCUACCCCCUGGACACGGUGAAGGUCAGGAUCCAGACAGAGCCCAAGUACAUGGGCAUCUGGCACUGCAUCCGGGACACGUAUCGCCGAGAGCGGGUGUGGGGCUUCUACAGGGGCCUCUCGCUGCCCGUGUGCACCGUGUCCCUGGUCUCGUCCGUGUCUUUCGGCACCUAUCGCCACUGCCUCGCACACAUCUGCCGGUUCCGGUACGGCAGCGCCGACGCCAAGCCCGCCAAGACGGACAUCACGCUCUCGGGAUUCGCCUCUGGCCUUGUCCGCGUGUUCCUGACCUCGCCCACCGAGGUGGCCAAGGUCCGCCUGCAGACGCAGACGCAGACGCAGAUGCAGCAGCGGCGCCCCUCGGCCUCGGGGCCCUCGGCUGCACCCCCCACGUGCCCCGCAGCCCCUGUGGGUCGGGCGCCAGGGCCCAAGUACCGCGGGCCGCUGCACUGCCUGGCCUCGGUGGCCCGGGAGGAGGGGCUGCGCGGCCUCUACAAGGGCAGCUCGGCCCUGCUCUUCCGGGACGGUCACUCCUUUGCCACCUACUUCCUCUCGUACGCCGUGCUCUGCGAGCAGCUGACUCCCGCUGGCCGCAGCCGGCCAGAUGUCUUGGGUGUGCUGGUGGCCGGUGGCUGUGCAGGGGUGCUGGCCUGGGCCGUGGCCACCCCCAUGGACGUGAUCAAGUCGCGCCUGCAGGCGGAUGGGCAGGGCCAGCGCCGCUACCGGGGCCUCCUGCACUGCGUGGUGACCAGUGUCCGGGAGGAGGGGCCGAGGGUGCUCUUCAAGGGGCUGUCGCUCAACUGCUGUCGCGCCUUCCCCGUCAACAUGGUGGUCUUUGUCACCUACGAGGCUGUGCUGAGGCUCAUGCGGGGCCUGCUCUCAUAG